AUAAACUUAGUUCAAAUAGAUGCUAUGCCAGAGCCAGCGAAGUCUGCUCCCGCCCCGAAAAAGGGCUCUAAGAAGGCGGUGACUAAGGCGCAGAAGAAGGACGGCAAGAAGCGCAAGCGCAGCCGCAAGGAGAGCUAUUCCAUCUACGUGUACAAGGUGCUAAAGCAGGUCCACCCCGACACCGGCAUUUCGUCCAAGGCCAUGGGCAUCAUGAAUUCGUUUGUGAACGACAUUUUCGAGCGCAUUGCAGGUGAGGCUUCCCGCCUGGCGCAUUACAACAAGCGCUCGACCAUCACCUCCAGGGAGAUCCAGACGGCUGUGCGCCUUCUGCUGCCCGGGGAGUUGGCCAAGCACGCCGUGUCCGAGGGCACCAAGGCCGUCACCAAGUACACCAGCGCUAAGUAAACAGUGAGUUGAUUGUGAAGUCUCAACCCUAACGGCUCUUUUAAGAGCCACCCAUCUUCUCAAAGAAAGAGCUGGUGCUUGCAUUCGUCCUGUGCUGGCCGCUGACUAGCCCUUGUAACUCGCUACUGUGUUUUUUAGUUUGAAGUAGAAGAGUUACUUAACUAAUUCUUAAUGACUUUUUAGAUCUGCCGUUCUAAUCCCCUUAGAGAUAAAUAAGGAGAUAGGAGAUUUUCUAUUAUAAGUUCGAAACCAAUUAAAAUGCUCGUCGAUUCCCCCAUCGGAUAGUGAUUU